AUGGCAGUUAAGUGCAGUGCGUGCGGUAAAUACAUGUCUCCGCAAGAUGGCGCUAAUGUUACUUGUACAAAGUGCAAUAAACAGCUACAUCGUGCGUGUAUAGGCAUCGCAGUGGGCGCUUCACUAAUGCCAUCCUGGGCUUGCCCUGAAUACACAUUGAAAGAAAAACGUUGCAACAAGGACACAACGCCGGUAAAACCCGCAACAACUACUGUUGCUAAUUCGAGUGAGGUUUCAAACCUCGGGGAGGAAUUGCGAUGUUUCCGAGAAGAAAUGUGGCAAACCCGCGAAGAAUUUCGGGCAUUCAGAGAAGAACUUCAGGACAUAAGAAACCUUGUCAUCAAAUGCGAUGCUCGUUGA